AUGUCCAUGUUCCGGGCCAAGAAGCUCGACCUGGGCUGCUUCGUCAAGGCCCGCACCAUUCGCGACCACACCAAGCGCAAGGUCUUUGAGGAACACGAGGCCGAGAGACAAGCUCUUCGAUACGUGAUCCGCAACACGACUUUGCCGCCCCGAACUCGUGCCACGGCUCAGCUGCAGCUGUCGCAGAUGCACUGCUACACCCGGCCCACGCAGAUUCGCAACCGCUGUAUAAUGGGAGGCCAGGGGCGUGGUGUGCUGAGGGCGUUUAAGAUGACAAGAUUCAAUUUCCGUAUGGAGGCCAUGGCGGGAAAUCUUCCUGGGGUGAAGAGGGCAAGCUGGUAG